AUGGCCCACGGAGGUGGCAUCUGCUCGACGGCUUUGCUCGAAGAGAAGCCAGCGGCAUGUGUGGCAAGUAGCACAGCCUUGGCCAUAAGGAACUCCACGAUAAUUGCCCAUCGGCUGUCCAUUUAUCUGCCCCAAUUGUUACUGCCCUCCCGAGAUCCGCAAAAGCUCAUUACCGAAAUAAAUUGCCAUGUGGCCCAAUUCCGGGAGCUGCUCAUCUUUAUUGGACAGGCGCGAGAUUCCCCAGAACUCCGAGAGAAAAUCAGAAAGCUGAGGAGGAAUUGUGUGGAUGCCUGCAAACACACCGCUCAUUUAAUCACUCCUCAGCCACGUCACUGCUUGGGAAGUCCUAGUGAAAGGAUGCACCUGACAUUACUAUUUCAUCUCACCCAACAAUUCCAGCAUGAGCUCAUUAAGAGCCAUCGUUUAAUCCAGUUGGUGCCUUUGGACAUGACUGAUUAUUAUGCUCCCUCUCGAACUGCUCCUUCGAAUCUGGGCAACGUCAUUAGCCAAUUUUUACUGUGCAAGCAAAUAAAUCCAGAUUUCCAGCAGGAGGAGCUGUGCAGCAUUGUUAAGGAUUCGCAGGAGUUGACAGAACUUUUAGAGGAGCUACAGGCUCACAUGCCAUUGACAGAGGCUUCUCCUGAAUCUGAAUUUGAUCCAGCACAAAAAUCUGAAAGUAGUCUUGUUUCACUUAACACUCCGGUUUGGUAUGCCCGCCAGCGCAGGAGGAGUUGCAGAAGUCGGAGUCGCAGUCUCUGUUGUUGUUUAACCAAAGGAAAAACUUAUUGA